AUGGCUUCUCUUUUGAGUUCCCCACUAACAAAGACCAAACCUUUACGCCUCUCUUCACCUCCACGAACACUAACAACACCACCGUCCUUAAACCUCACCAGAAUCUCAUUCACCAACAGCCAGAAGCUCGCUCCUUUCAAGCUCCCGAGCCUCGUCUCCACUUUCUCCGAAAAGAGUCUGAAGCGAGAUGUCACAGCUGCUGCGGAGUCGGGAGAUUACAGAAGGAUAAUGCUCUCCGACGUGAUGGUGAAGAAGAAGACGGAUAAGGUGCCAUGGUGGGAAAGAGAGUGGUUGGCGAUGGACUUUGGAGCUGUUGCUGUGGUGUUCUCAUUGCAUGUGCUUAGCUUGUUGGCUCCGUUUCAUUUCAACUGGAGAGCUUUUUCGGUUGCUUUUGGACUCUAUAUCGUUACUGGUCUACUGGGUGUUACUCUGUCUUUCCAUAGGAAUCUUUCUCAUAAAAGCUUCAAGCUUCCUAAAUGGCUUGAGUACUUGUUUGCUUAUUGUGGAGCUCAAGCUCUUCAGGGGAACCCUAUUGAUUGGGUGAGUACACAUAGGUACCAUCAUCAGUUCUGUGAUUCAGACAGAGAUCCUCAUAGUCCACUUGAUGGGUUUUGGUUUAGUCAUAUGAAUUGGAUGUUUGAUGCCAAUACUAUCACGCAAAGGGUUGGUGAGCGUAAUAAUGUUGGUGAUUUAGAGAAGCAGCCUUUUUAUCAGUUCCUUAGAUCCACCUACAUUUGGCAUCCUGUGGCUCUAGCUGUUGCUCUAUACGCAUUGGGAGGCUUCCCCUUCGUUGUUUGGGGGAUGGGUGUAAGAAUAGUAUGGGUGUAUCAUAUAACUUGGCUAGUAAACUCAGCUUGUCAUGUAUGGGGGGAACAAGCAUGGAACACUGGAGAUUUGUCUAAGAACAACUGGUUGGUAGCAGCUUUAGCAUUUGGAGAAGGAUGGCACAACAAUCACCAUGCUUUUGAGUUCUCAGCUAGACAUGGCCUAGAAUGGUGGCAACUUGAUAUGACUUGGUAUGUUGUUAACUUCCUUCAAGCCCUUGGAUUAGCAACCGAUGUUAAGCUGCCAUCAGAAGCUCAGAAACAAAGAAUGGCAUUGACUAGCGACUGA